AUGGGGAGCGGCUCCGCCAAGAAGGUGGCCGCGGUGCUGGGCGCGCUCUGCCUGGCCGCCGUGGCCGGCCUCCUCCUCCUCUGCCUGCCCACCCUCCGCGACCCCCCCUCCUUCAAGUAUGGAAUCGUUCUGGAUGCGGGCUCUUCCCACACGGCCAUGUUUGUGUACAAAUGGCCGGCCGACAAGGAAAACGACACCGGGAUCGUCAGCCAGCAUAGCAUGUGCGACGUCAAAGGGGGAGGCAUCUCAAGCUACUCCGAUAACCCCCCGGCUGCCGGCGAGAGUUUGAAGGCAUGUCUGGACCAGGCGCUGAGAGACGUCCCGAAAGAAAGGCACGCGGCCACCCCUCUCUACCUCGGAGCCACGGCUGGCAUGCGGCUGCUCAAUCACACCAGCCCCCAGGUUUCGGACGACGUCUUCAGAGCCGUGACCUCGACGCUGAAGCAGUACCCUUUCGACUUCCGGGGUGCACGGAUCCUGAGCGGAGAGGACGAGGGUGUCUUCGGCUGGGUCACUGCCAACUACCUUCUGGAGAACUUUAUUAAGUACGGGUGGAUCGGGCAGUGGAUCCGGCCCAAGAGGAACACCCUGGGGGCCAUGGAUCUCGGGGGAGCCUCCACCCAGAUCACCUUCGAGACCCGGGAGGAGAUCGAGAGCCGCCCGGCCAACGAGGUGACCUUGAGGCUGUACGGCCAGACCUACAAAGUCUACACCCACAGCUUCCUCUGCUACGGCCGGGACCAGAUCCUCAAGAGGCUGCUCUCCAAGGUGCUGAAGGCAGAAGGCUACACCCUGAAGGUGGACAAUCCCUGUUGGCCGAAAGGCUACCGGCAGAACUUCACCAUGGAAAGUAUCUACAACUCCCCCUGCACGGCUUCCGAGAAGCCCACCAACUAUUUCUCCACCGCCAUGGUGAACAUGAGCGGCUCCGGCAACCCGUCCCAAUGCCGCCGACAUGUCGCCAGCCUCUUCCAGUUCACGGACUGUGCGUACACCCGCUGCUCCUUUGACAGAGUCUUCCAGCCAAAUAUCGCGGGACACUUUAUCGCCUUCUCGGCUUUUUUCUACACCGUGGAUUUCAUCCAGUCGGUGAUGACGAGACAUGUGGCCACCCUGAGGGACCUCGAGGCAGCGGUGGAGGAGCUGUGCAACGCAACAUGGACCGAGCUGUACCAGAAAGCACCGAAUCUGGAGAAGCGGCUGUCCGAUUACUGCCCAACGGCCACCUUCAUCUACCUCCUCCUUCAGCAGGGCUACCAAUUUAAUGCCACCACCUUCCCCAACAUUGCCUUCCAGAAGAAGGCAGGGGACACGUCUAUCGGCUGGGCCCUCGGAUACAUGCUCAACCUCACCAACAUGAUCCCGGCCGAAGCGACCGGUUUCCGGAAGGGCACGGAGUACGGCCCCUGGAUCGGCCUCGUUCUCCUCUUUGUCAGCAUCUUCCUGGUUUCUCUGGUGACUCUCGUGUGCCUGCUGAGGCCUUCGAAGGGACGAGGAGUGAUGUAACCGCAGUACGAGAAUGGAGCCUGGCUGCGUUUGCCUGAGGAUGGGGGGGAGGGAGAGAGGGGCAAAGUCCCUCCACUCCCCUGUUGUAUCCCAUCAUCCUCAGUGGUGCCGCUUCGCAGCUCGACUUCUCCUUGUGGGUCCUCGGCUCGGCUCCUCUGCGGAGCUCACACCUCAUUGCCCCGUGGGGCAAUACCUUGAAAUAAGAGGGGGAACCGCUCAAAGAACAGACACCACACAACGCUCUGUAAAGCAUUGGGAAGAAGCCGUGGAUCCUCGAAAUUUGUGGUCCUCGCUGGACUUUGUCUUCUGUCUCUCGCCUUCUUAAAGUGAUCAGCAAAUAUCUCGUUCGGCAGAAAAGUUUUGUCUCUGUGCGGAAAAAAAAUCGUGGAUGUCCACAACAAUUCUGUUUUUGUGCGUCUGUUGCCAAAACAGAUAGAGAUACUGGAAUUGUUCGAGGUGGGGGCUUUGCUUUGAGUGUCAAGAGGCGGGCGCAGCUACUUACAGGGUUGACAGCGUCUUGGCCAAUGGCCACCUUCACAAGUAAACAGAGGUGCCUUUAAAAAAAUAAUAAUAAUUGAAGUCUGGUUACUUCAGGUAAAAAAGAUCAGGCUUAUUGGGCCAGGGUGGUGUAUGUGUUUCCAAAUUAUAUUGGAUAUUCAGGCACAGAGUGGGAGGGAAGGAAUACAUUGAAUUGGCAUUCAAUUUGGUGUUGAUCUAAUUUGACUCAGUCGCUGAAUCGUGAGUCAUCAUUUACGGAAACCCUCUUAGGUGUUUAACUGGGAUUUUGGGUGGGAUCCAGGACAUUGUUUUCCCCUUGAAGCCUCCCAGAUCGCUCUCUAUCUUAUCUGUAUUUCCCAUCCUCGCGCGAAAACCAAUUUACUUUGACCUCGUGGGUCCAACAUUUUAUCUCUUCUUUGGACGUUGAGUCAUGGCAGCUGGACUUCUCCCUUAUUAAGUUGAAAUGUUUUGCUACUCCUCCGAGUAGCUUCUUCGGUCUGAGGAGAGUUGGCAGGAGGUCCCUGAUUAUCUCCUCCACUUUAGUUUCACUUCUCCCUGGUCUGAAGAGGCUCCUUAGAAGGACAAAGGACUGGGUGGUGAGGGAUAAUCUCACUUCUGCAGUCCUUCUCCAUCCAUUGUCAUGGGUCAUUAAGGGUCGUUAACGGUGGCCUUUCUGCUGUGUGUGGUCCUGAUCCUCCUGGGAAGGGAUGAAAGGGGGGCUUGACCCAUAGGAGACAGAUUGUAUCUAAGGCCUCCACCCCUGUUGAGUGAGGGAUUUCCUGUAUGCA